AUUCAUACGAUUCGUAGUCUCGUUACGAUACAGUUAUGCGUUGGUUAUUGGGUAUAUUUGUGUGUGUGAGUUGUGUGUACGCGAGACACGAGCAGUAUGAUAAGUCCGCACUUUUCAAUGUAAAAGUCAAAGAUGUCGAACAGAUUAACUACUUCAAUUCCCUGGACUAUCCUCUGGAUAUAUGGAUGUACGCGACACAAGAAAGAGACGGCAUAGUUCUUGUACCCAAAGACUAUGUCCAGCUGUUCCAAGAUGAGCUCAAUUCUAAGGGGAUAGAGUUCGUUAUUGAAGUUGAAAAUAUUAAAGAUUCGCUGGAGCUUGAAGACAAAUUGAGGGCUGACAAAGCUAGAAAUAGAGCUAUGAGAUCUGAUAAUGAUUUAUUAGUUAACUUUGACGAUAUUUACAAUCUCACUGAGGUCAACAAUUAUCUCAAAAAAAUAGCUGAGGCGUAUCCAGAUGUAGUCACUUUAGUCAAUGGAGGAAAGUCUUUUGAAGGCAGAGACAUGAACUACUUAAAAAUUUCAAACAGCAAAUUUGAGGACGCAAGUAAACCAAUCAUCUUCAUCGAAUCGUUACUUCACGCCCGGGAAUGGGUCACACUUCCAGCAACAUUGUACGCAAUCGAGAAACUUGUCGUCAAUGUCACUGAUCAAUAUCUGAUUGAUGACUUCGACUGGAUCAUCAUGCCAGUCGCCAACCCAGAUGGCUACGAAUUCAGUCACGACGGAGGUCGCUUCUGGCGUAAAAACCGCAGGAAUGGAUUAUUACCCGGUGAUGUUUGCCUCGGCGUCGAUCUCAAUAGAAACUUCGACAUCUUUUACAGUUUAGGAUCCAGCAACAAUGUUUGCUCUGAUAUCUACCAUGGUACCUCCGCCUUCUCUGAACCCGAGACUCAAGUCAUAAGAGAUAUCUUACAUAGCGAUGAUCGCAUUGAAAUAUUCUUGGACAUACACAGCUUUGGUAAUUUGAUUCUUUACGGUUGGGGAUCUGGCGACCUCCCCGAGAAUGCAUUUGCUUUACACGUCGCAGGAAUACAAAUGGCCACAGCGAUCGAUGAAGUUAAAGAAGAUUGGAACUUAAAUUACAGGGUCGGCAACUCAGCCCUCGUACUCUACCCUGCAUCUGGUACUGCUAUGGAUUAUGGUCUUAAAGCUGGUGUGCCAUUGUCAUAUACAUAUGAACUGCCAGCUCGUAGGAACUCUGGUUCUACUAUUUUUGGGUUUUUAGUAGAUCCUGACUUUAUUAAACCAUCUGCAGUUCAAACGUGGGAAGGAAUUAAGGCAGGCGCUAUUUUCCUACGCAACACCCGCCGUAAUUUGGCUUAAUUUUUAAUAAAAUGU